CACACUUUGGUAUACGGGCGUACGAGCGCUUCGAUGGCUUUGCGCCGUUUAUCCAUCGGUAUCCACGUAUUCACCUGUAGCUCCUUCCUGGAUUCGGCAGUGCUCUUUCUUGGCGAAUGAGCCUCCAAAACAAAUGAAUCGCCGUGACGUUGAGUCUCCAACACCGACAGGGAGCGGUUUCGGCAGCAUCUUCUCUUCUAGCAGGUUUACCUUGUUGUUUUGCUCUCUUGUUUGCCGGUCCAUCUUCGUGUUGAACUCGUAACGGUGCUGGCGCCGUCGCAGCUUGUUGAUACUCCUGUUUCUUGCUCUGUUGCAGCCACGGCUCGACCAACAUUUCGAGUCUAGUGGUAGUAGCCCUACCAGUCUACCUGACGAUGCGUAGGAUUAAGAUACCUCGCAAUGCAGCAGGCAAUCCAAAGAUAUCGCGCCAGCACCAGCGAGCCCUCACAUACCUCAUCCUCGGAGCUAUAGCACUCGGCGCAUACUACAUCUGGUUCUGCGCACCUAUCGAUACCCUCGCGAUCCCCUUCGAAGACCACGAAGCUUACAUGAACGAUCGCUCGAGCUUUAAAUCGUACAAGUCUCGGCAAUCAUACGACUGGAGGAAUGCGCCCUUUCGCAACACCAUGAAGGCAUACACGCCGCUGCCAGCUGGGCAACCUCGAGCGCUUCUGAAAGUACAAUUCGAUUUCCUACCUGAAACAAAGGCACAACGAGAGCGCAGAGAGAUACAGAGAGUUGCAGUUCGGGACGAGUUCAGGCGCAGCUGGGACAGCUAUCGUGCAUAUGCAUGGGCAGAGGAUGAGCUUAAACCCAUAACAGGGAUUGGUCUCAAGACCUUCGGCGGGUGGGGCGCAACGUUGGUGGACUCUCUUGACACACUGUGGAUCAUGGGAAUGAAGGAGGAGUUCUACGAAGGGGUGGAAGCAGUAGCAGCCAUCGAUUUUGGCAAGUCAGACAUGAAGACUGUCAGCGUCUUUGAGACCACGAUUCGGUAUCUGGGCGGCAUGCUGAGCGCUUACGACCUCAGCCAGGAGCCUGUCUUGCUGGAGAAGGCCAUACAGCUCGGCGAGAUGCUCUACCGUGCUUUCGACACUGAGAACCACACGCCCACAGGCUGGCUCGACAUUGAGAAGGCAAAGGAUCCCGAAGGAGUAUCGUCCAAACCUGAAACCAGCAUCUGCUUCGCCUGCCUCGGAUCUUUGACCAUGGAGUUUACUCGUCUCGCGCAAAUCACUCAACAGUCGAAAUACUACGACGCUGUAGCGCGUAUCACUAGGCUCCUUGACCUCACUCAAGAUACAACACGCAUACCGGGUCUCUGGCCUACCACCCUCAAUGCGCGCAAAGAAGAGUUCAACCAAAGCCGUUUCUUCUCUCUCGGCGCCCUCGCCGACAGCACAUACGAAUACUUUCCCAAGAUGCACGCCCUGCUCGGCGGCCUCGAACCCGUGUACCAGAAACUGUACACUGACUCUGCAGCCAAGAUCGACGAGCACAUGCUGUUUCGACCCCAGCUUCAGGACGAGGAACUCAGCAAAAGCCUUUUAUUCUGCGGCGACGUACACUCCUCACGGCCCAACGAAGUCACCCUCGACCCCGAAAUGCAACAUCUUACCUGUUUUAUCGGCGGCAUGUUCGGCCUUGCCGGUCGUCUCUUCUCCACCCCAUCACACAUCGAGCUGGGCGAGAAGCUAACAAAAGGGUGCAUAUACGCCUACGCCGCCAUGCCCACCGGCAUCGCGCCCGAGAUCUUCAAAACGCUACCCUGCCCAAGCCGCACCGAGUGCAAAUGGAACGAAACCGAAUGGCAAGAUAAAGUCUGGUGGCACUACGGGAGCAAGUACGCGACGAACGUGGAGCAGGUAGCGCAAGACAAAGGUCUUCCGCGCGGCUGGACGAAUAUCCGGGAUAAACGAUACCUCCUCCGCCCUGAAGCUAUCGAAUCCGUGUUUGUCAUGUACCGCAUCACAGGCAAACAGGAGUACCUCGACGACGCAUGGGACAUGUUCACCUCCAUCGUUGCCAACACGCGCACACCGUACGCCAACGGGCAGCUGCUCGACGUCACUGGGCAAACCGACUUCGGCGGGGAACAUUACACUGUCGGACAGAGGUUUCGCGGCCAUGGACCUGCGACAGUGAAGCAGGGAAAUGUGGAGGAUAAGAUGGAGAGUUUUUGGACGGCGGAGACGUUGAAGUAUUUCUAUCUGGUCUUUUCGAGACCGGAUAUGUUGAAUUUGGAUGAUUGGGUCUUCAAUACUGAGGCACACCCUUUUCGACGGCCGAAGGCGAGUAAGGCGAGUGAUGUGCUGUAGGGUGAGAGGAAUUGAUUGGGUUGGGCUGCAUUUGUAGGUGUUGGUAUGCAUAUAGACUUGUCAAUACUGCAGCACGAAGACCAGAGUAUC